CGCCCGCUCCGCCAUCGCCGCGGGGUCCCGGCCCCCGGGGGCCCGCACCGAGGACGGAGCGGCCAACGAGGAAAUCGCUCCGGUCGCCAUCAAACCGGGCCGGUAAAACCGGGCCGUAUCGGCCUUGGUGUAGCCGGCCUCGCGUAUGGAGAAACCCGGCAGGAUGGAUUGUCCGGCGCUGCCUCCGGGAUGGAAAAAAGAAGAAGUGAUCCGUAAAUCAGGCCUGAGCGCUGGGAAAAGCGAUGUUUAUUACUUCAGCCCAAGUGGCAAAAAAUUCCGCAGCAAGCCCCAACUGGCUCGUUAUUUGGGCAACUCCGUGGACCUGAGCUCCUUCGAUUUCCGCACGGGCAAGAUGAUGCCCAGCAAGCUGCAAAAGAACAAACAGCGCCUCAGGAACGACGCCCUCAACCCCAACAAAGGCAAACCAGACCUGAACACGACCCUCCCCAUCCGCCAGACGGCGUCCAUCUUCAAACAACCCGUCACCAAGGUCACCAACCACCCCGGCAACAAAGUGCGCAGCGACCCGCAGCGCCUCAGCGAGCAGCCCCGCCAGCUUUUUUGGGAGAAGAGACUCCAAGGUUUGAGCGCCUCGGACGUCAGCGAACAAAUCAUCAAAUCCAUGGAGCUGCCCAAAGGAUUGCAAGGAGUGGGCCCCGGUUGCAGCACGGAGUCGCUGCUUUCGGCCGUGGCCAGCGCCCUCCACACCAGCUCGGCUCCCAUCACCGGCCAGAACUCGGCCGCCGUGGAGAAGAACCCGGGGAUCUGGCUCAACACCGCCCAGCCCCUGUGCCGCGCCUUCGUGGUCACCGACGAUGAUAUCCGGAAACAGGAGGAAAAAGUACAGGAAGUGAGGAGGAGGUUACAGGAAGCGCUGACGGCCGAUUUCCUGUCGCGCAACGGCGAGGGGGUGAAAAGGGCGGAGAAUGGAGAGGGGGAGUGAGGUACUUUGGAUUCCCAAAAGGAAAAAUCUGGAAAAUAA